AAAUCUUACCAACACUUGCGCAAUUUGCAAAAUUGUUGGAACUUUGUUUUUCUCUCCAUAAUUAACAAAAAUAUAACGUAAUUAAAAGUUAUAAUAAAGCUUACUUGGGCUAGUUACAGUAUAGCCUACUAAGGGCACAAGAUAUCCAGCAGUAAUCAGGCCAAAUGCCGUACAUUAUCAUACGGGGGAACUUAGCCUCCUACAGCCACAAAUAUCCAUGGCGAGUGCUCGUCUCUGGAUUGAAAGCUGACGACAUCGAGCAGUUGAAUAAGUUUUCUUGCGGCGGCUACAGUGACGAGUCGACCAUCGUCUACCUAGUGCAUCCUUGUCGGAUUCUAUCGGCGCUAGAAAUUCUGGGAUUUCGUGUGGUGGCCAGCUCGUCGACGGCCGUGAAACAGGAUUACAACGAGUAUAUGUGGACGAUGCGCAAGGAGUUCGACGAACCAGAACCUUUAGAGGCAGAGUCCGUAGUGCGAGAGAAUCUAUCGAAUAUUGGCCGUGAGGCAGCCAGUUUAGGCAACUAUCACAAGGUGGAUUCACCCGAAUAGGGACCCAGUUUGGGAAAAAAACCAGCAAACAACCAACAACCCUACUCUAAUUGUAUAAUUUUGUGUGUGUGAGAGAUUGUGUGAGGCGUCUGCGUGUGCGUGUUCGUGUUUAAGUGUGAAAAACUA